AUGGGUGAUGGUAGGGGUGGUAGUGGUGGGGGCAAUGGGAGUGAGGUGGUAGUGGAGGUGGUGGUGGUGAUGGUGAUGAUGUUGGCGGUUGUGUGUGGUGGUGGUGAUGGUGUAGUGGUGGUGGCGGCGGUAGUGGUGACGAUGGGGUUGGUAGUAGGGGGUAGUGAGGGUGGUGGGGCGGUGACGGUGUUGGCGGGGGCGGUGAUGAUGGUGGCGACAACUAUGAUGAUAGCCAUGUGUUGGUCUUUCGCAAAUCUCGCGGCCUGGUGCUUCGGGCCGAGGGGAUGUGCGUCAACACGUGACGUCCUCCUUUUGGAUGCGGUGCGGUUGUGCGCGGGCGUGCCAGCACGGUCUACCGUGCGUCAAGAUGAUGAUGAGGUUCGGGUAGAAGAUGGCGGUGCUCCGGCACGUUGCUCACAGAGUGACGGUCGUAUGAUAUAUGGAGUGAGUGAGGCGAUAACAGAGAUGGUGCUCCGGCGCCUUGAAAAUCAAAGGUCUCAUGAGCUUAGUAUUUAUAGGAGUCCUGGAGGGACAUUCGAGGCUGACAAGACCUGCGUGGUGGAGCCUGACCGGGGCAAGUGGGUAGUCAAAUCGGCAUUUGGGAUAGUGAAGCAUGGUGGUCUGGGGUUGAGAAGCAUGGUGGUGUGA